AAAUUCUUAUUAUAUUGAGCUCUAGGAUAAUACAAUAUUUAUUCGUCUGCGGGAAGCAAGGAAUCAGCCAAAUUAAAGUUUAGUUUUUCUAUAUCCUAUUCUAUUGUAUAACUUUGCAAUUAAAAAAAAAUCUAGCAAUCAUCUGAAUAUUCGGUAUUUUUUCUAUGAUCCAAUUUUUAAAUAACUAAUUAUCACGUUUUUAUUGAAUAACACUCCAAAUGGAACGAGUAUAACUAUCGCAACGUUGCCUGUUCAUAUAGCCUUAUUUAAAUAAUUUAUUUAAAUCAACUAAAAUAUUUUUUUAAUUUAAAACUGUUUUAAUCUCUAAUGGUUUCUGUUGAUUCUUUAAUUCCCGUACGAUUAAAUCGACUUUUUAACAAACUUUUCGAUUAUUUACCGAUAGCACAUUAUUGUACAGGUUAGGUCAACUUUUACAGAACUUGAAUUUUUUUUUUUUAUCCAAAAAAUGACUAAAAAGGGAGACGGACCCGCUAUUGUUCGAAGACGAAACUGCGACGACGAAGAACUCAUGCACAUACUGGCAUCCUUGCAGAUCAUAGAACCAGAGAACAUCGUAAGGUUGGCGAACAAACGAAACCUUACUAAAUUUUGCAAGGACGUGGGCCGAAGGCUCAAGGCAGCCUACGGACACAUGAAAGAUUGCUCUCUGUCAUCUUCGCAGAAGAUGUACGCCAACCUGAUCGACGGCGUGGAAUCCCUCUAUGAAACUAUAUGCUUGAAUGAACCUUACAAACGCAAGUUUGAGGCUCACUCGAGUUGUUUUAAAAAGCUUUACAAUGAACUGGACAACUGUGAUGGGCCAAAGGAUUGGGUGGAAGACUCCAAUAAAACUAGAUUAUGUAAGGCUUACGAAAAUAUUGUUGACUGCUAUAUGAUAAAGACAGCCAUGAUUUGCGGUCCAGAAGCGGCUGACAUUUUUAAGAAACUCCUCAUCAACGUCCUCAGAGCAACUGUAGUUACGGACUGUGGACUCCGAACUCGAGCAACAGGAGGAAACAUACAGACGAAACCGAUAAUGUCAGAAAGGACUUAUGAAAUGAUAUACCUAAUAAUUAUUGUAAUUUUGAUAGUAGUUUUGAUCAAUGUGAGUGGCAGAAGUAAAAAAAAAUAAAGACCUAUUAAGAUUGUCGUGUAACUUA